UUUAUUUUGUACAUCUAAUUUAUAAAUUAAUAUAAAUCCUCCAUUAAAUAUUUACAAAGUUAACGUUUAAUAAAAAUCUGCAUUGAAUCAAUUGAUUUUUAUUACCGGUAUGAUAUAGUGGCAACGAUAACAGGUUAUUCUGCACUACGAUAUCUCUAACAUGGCUCUACAAAUUUCUAUUAAUACUGGAAAUAUCGAAUUGGAUAAUAAAAUCAGCGAAUGGUUAAAAUGGAAUAAGGAUGCAGCUGCUGAACAUGAAAUUCAAGAAUUGAUUCUUAACAAUGAUGAUAAAGUUUUAUCUAAUUUAUUUUUAAAAAGGCUUGAAUUUGGUACAGCUGGUUUAAGAGGUUGUAUGGGUCCAGGAUAUAAUCAAAUGAAUGAUUUAGUUAUAGUUCAAACUGGUCAAGGGUUAUCAAUGUAUUUAGCUGAUAACAUUGUUGAUGUAACUGAAAAAGGUAUCAUAAUAGGAUAUGAUGGACGUCACUGUAGCAAAAGAUUUGCAGAAUUAACCGCUACAAUUUUUGUAUCAAAGAAUAUAAAAGUAUAUCUUUUUUCAAAAGUUGUACCAACUCCCUUUAUACCUUAUGGUGUAUUAAAAUAUAACUGCGCAGCUGGAAUAAUGAUUACAGCAUCUCAUAACCCUAAAAAUGAUAAUGGUUAUAAAGUUUAUUGGGAAAAUGGUGCACAAAUAAUAUCACCACAUGAUAAAGAAAUCCAAAAAUACAUACUUAAAAAUCUUGAACCAAUGGAAUCUUCAUGGGAAGUAACAAAAAUCUAUCAUAGUUCUUUAUGUAUAGAUCCAUUGGAUGAUGUUAUGCAAUUUUACUUUAAUGAUCUCGAAGAAACUGUUUUAUAUCCAGAAGUAAAUAAGAAUACAAUAUUAAAAUUUACUUAUACUCCUAUGCAUGGUGUAGGAUAUCAAUAUAUGACUGCAGCCUUUAAUGUUGCAAAUUUUAAGCCAUUUAUAGUAGUUGAAGAACAAAAAUUACCUGAUCCAGAAUUUCCAACUGUUAAAUUUCCAAACCCUGAAGAAGGAAAAAGUGCUUUAGAUCUUAGUAUACAAGUAGCAAAUAAAAAUUCUUCUUCUAUUAUUCUUGCUAAUGAUCCAGAUGCAGAUAGGCUAGCUUGUGCUACAAAAAUAAAAAAUGAUGAAUGGUAUAUCUUUUCUGGUAAUGAAUUGGGAGCACUUUUAGGAUGGUGGAUGAUACAUAAGUAUCAAGUGCAAUAUGCUGAUGUAAAUUUUUCAAAUGUGUACAUGUUGGCAUCAACAGUUUCAAGUAAAAUUUUAGCAUCAAUGGCUAAACAAGAAGGAUUUAAUUUUGAGGAAACUUUAACAGGUUUUAAGUGGAUGGGCAAUAGAACUGUAGAAUUAGAAAAAAUGGGUAAAACAGUUCUGUUUGCAUAUGAAGAAGCCAUAGGCUUUAUGUGUGGUUCAAAAGUUCGCGAUAAAGAUGGUAUAAGUGCUGGAAUGCAUCUAGCAGAAUUAGCGGCUUAUCUUGAGACUAUGGGACUUACUCUUCUCGAUUUAUUAAACGAAAUAUAUAUUCAAUAUGGAUACCACAUUUCUAAGAGUUCAUAUUGGAUUUGUCAUGAAUCAAGUAUAAUUAAAAAAAUAUUUGAAAGAUUACGAACAUACUCUGGCAAAUUAAAUACAUAUCCAACAGAUAUUCUCGAUGGAAAGUAUACUAUAAUAGGUGUUCGUGAUUUGACAACUGGUUAUGAUAAUACAAAACCAAAUAAUAAGGCUGUUUUACCUAUUUCAAAAUCUAGUCAAAUGAUAACAUUUACAUUUGAAAAUGGUUUGGUCAUAACAUUAAGAACUAGUGGCACCGAACCUAAAAUUAAAUAUUACAGUGAAUUAUGUACUCCUCCUGAUGAACCUGAAAAUGUUGAAGUCUUAAGAAACAUUCUUGAUGAAAUGGUAUCAGCUGUUGUAACAGAGUUUCUUCAACCUGAAAUAAACGGUCUUCUAUCUCGUAUUAGUUAAAUAAUAUAUUUAUACACGGUCUUAUUAUUAUAACUUAUUAUUAUUCACUUUCAUAAGUUCUUGUUAAUUACUUAUAUUCAAUUUUAUUAAUCGAUUAUUUUGUAAUUAUUUGUUAUGUAUAGGA